GCAACACAACACAUACAUAUAUUAACCAUGAAGCUUCUCGGGUUCGCCUUAGCUAUUCUAUUAGCUGUGGCGACUUGCAAAGCUGAUGAAGAGAUUACUUGCGAAGAAAACGUUCCAUUCACAUGUAGCCAAACAGAUCGUUUCAACAAACAAGAUUUCGAAAAAGACUUCAUCUUCGGUGUUGCAUCUUCUGCUUACCAGGCAUGUGGCAGAGGUCGUGGACUUAACAUUUGGGAUGGCUUCACUCACCGAUACCCAGAGAAAGGUGGAGCAGAUUUGGGGAAUGGAGACACUACAUGUGACUCAUAUACAAAUUGGCAGAAAGAUAUAGACGUGAUGGUCGAACUCGGAGUUAAAGGCUAUAGAUUCUCCAUUGCGUGGUCAAGAAUCCUUCCAAAGGGAAAGAGGAGUAGGGGAAUCAACGAAGAUGGUAUUAAGUACUACAACGAUCUCAUAGAUGGCCUUAGAAAUAAGAGUAUAGAGCCUUUCGUUACCCUCUUUCACUGGGACCUUCCUCAAACAUUGCAAGAUGAAUAUGAAGGUUUCUUGGACAGAAGGAUCAUAGACGAUUUCAAAGAUUACGCAGAUCUAUGUUUCGAGAAAUUUGGUGAUAGGGUAAAGCACUGGAUCACCAUCAACCAGCUUUUCACAGUGCCUACGAGAGGCUAUGCAUUAGGAACAGAUGCACCUGGUCGAUGUUCCCAUUGGCAGGAUAAAAGAUGUUACGGUGGAGAUUCUUCAACAGAACCCUAUAUUGUUGCGCAUAACCAGCUUCUUGCUCAUGCCAUGGUCGUCGAUCUUUACAGGACACAAUAUAAGUACCAAGGUGGGAAGAUUGGACCUGUGAUGAUAACUAGAUGGUUUCUUCCAUAUGAUGACACUCUAGAGAGCAAAAAUGCAACUGAGAGGGCCAAAGAAUUCUUCUUGGGAUGGUUCAUGGAGCCGCUAACAAAGGGUAAAUACCCAGACAUCAUGAGGAAACUUGUUGGUAAGCGGCUUCCAGAGUUCAAUGAAACAGAAGCUGCCCUUGUAAAGGGUUCAUAUGAUUUUCUUGGUCUCAACUAUUACGUCACUCAGUACGCCCACGCCCAAGACCCAAGUCCUCCGGAAAGACUCACUGUCAUGACGGACUCACUCGCAAACCUCACAUCUUUGGAUGUAAAUGGUCAACCCCCUGGUCCACCGUUCUCUAAAGGCAGUUAUUACCACCCAAGAGGCAUGUUAAACGUAAUGGAGCACUUCAAAACCAAAUACGGCGACCCUUUGAUCUAUGUCACCGAAAACGGAAUCAGUACCGCCGGUGGCGACAUACCCUUUACCGAGGCAUUUCACGAUUACGAGCGGAUUGAUUAUCUCUGCAGUCAUCUCUGUUUUCUCCGUAAGGCCAUCAAGGAGAAGCGUGUCAACGUGAAAGGAUACUUUGCUUGGGCUCUUGGGGAUAACUACGAAUUCUGCAACGGCUUCACCGUCAGAUUCGGACUUAGUUACGUUGACUUUAAUAAUGUCACUGCUGAUAGAGACCUCAAAGCAUCUGGCUUAUGGUACCAGUCGUUCUUAAGAGAUACCACCAAGAACCAAGAUCUCCUCCGCUCAAGCCUCUCCUUCAAGAACCGUGAUAGGAAGAGCCUCGCAUGAAAGCCCCAAACCACUUUAUGCCUAUCAAGAUCAUCUUCAUGUUUCCUCUUUCUAGUUGCUCUAUAUGGAUAAAAGGAGCUUUUUCUACCUACUGUAUUAAAUAAAAGAUGAUCAAACUU